GGCCUCGGUCAGCUGACUAGUGUAAACAAGCAUGUCCGCCCAUCUCAACUCCAGCAAGGUGGUGGUGGUUAAGAAAUGGACGGACUCUUCCAUCACCAUCGACAACAUCCUCCGCGCGGACCUGGAGGCCAACAACAAGGGGUUCCUGGCCCUGCUGAUGGACGGCAGGCUGUUCCUCACUACGUGGCUCAACAAGAAAAUAAGCACUAAAGUCAUCGAGGAAGUGGCCGAUGGGUGUUGGCAGCGUGCUGGUGGUGAGAGUGAAGUGAUUAUCACACGACAGAAUGGCUCACUGGUUCGCUAUUCACUACACUUCGACACUGGACUCUCCUGUUCCCUCCAGCUGUCUGCCCCAUCCCUUCUGGCACUGAUCAGGGAAAGGGACUCAAGCAUCAGGUCCCUGCGUAAUGCCAAGGUUUGGGGUCACAGUCCAGAAUUUAUCCUGCUGCAGCCUCAGAGUGACCGCUUAGUGCUGCUGGCCACUAAUGCUGGUGGCUGUCCUUCUUCCCAUGGGGUUCUACGCACAGCGCCUCUCCGCACUGCCCACCUCUGCCCCUCUAAGGUUGUUGCGCAGCCUGUCACUGGUGCUGAACUCUAUGAGUAUGAGUUGAAGACUUGUCGGCUGCGCGAGUUGGUGAGCCUUGGCCUACAACGGGUGGGGGCACACUACACAGAGUGGGGUGCCCUGGCCUGUUCCUCCUCAGGGGAUACCAUUGCCAUCGUUGACACUGAACGGCACCUCUACGUCACAGACUUUCGGCAGAGGAUGCAGCUUGGCAAAAAAGGGGGUGUGGCCAGGUCAAUAGUUACACUACAUCAAGUGAUAUGGCCUUCCACCCUACAGCCAUCCCUGGUCAGAGAGGUUACCCUGGGUCUGUCUGACACCCUUCUCACCGUCUUUUGUCUUGUGGACGAUGGCAAAACAGAGAGCCAUCACUACCUGAGUUUUGAUAUUGGUGUGAGCAGCCUCAACACUCACCAUCAAUUUGGGGAAGCUGUGGCCAUCAUUCCUGGUACCACACAUCUCCUUCCUGACCUCUUCCUCACUCACGACGGAGUGGCGAUGCUCAUGGACGAGGAUGCUUCCAUCAGCAGUGUAGAUUCUGAGGUGGACCUUGGGGAGUUGUUAAGUGGCCUACGUGAGGGACUGGAGGAGCAGAGCAUGGCCAAGGUGACUGAGGUUAAGGCCAUGGUAGAACAAGGGCUGAGUGUGUUCCUGGCAUCCUGCAACCACCAGGAAGAUUGGGUAGGACUGGCUGAGAUGCGGGCACGACAGUACGGCCAGCUUGCAGGCCUGUUACUCGGCUACAUCCCACAGUAUGCUCAGAACGAGACUUCACACGCCUUUGCUCUCACCCUCAAAUACCUGGCCACACAUCACUUUUCUAGCAUAUUAGAGGAGAUGGGCAAUGUGCUGAAGUACAUUGAUGAUGAGAACAUUUCUCAGAUGGUGCUGCAGAUGUCUGAACAGGUUUCCUUCUAUCUUCGAAGUGCCGAGAGCAUACAGCUUCCCCAAGUGGAUGAUGCACAGGCCGAUAACACUGAACUUUAUGAUUCUUGGGGAGACAAGCCAAUGAAGGAAGUAGUUGAGAAUGCAGUAAAUCAGAAGUGCCUGAAGGUGGCUGAAAGAUACCUGCAGCUUAAACCUUGGGUAUACGGCACUGUCACCACCACUGCCCUUCUCACUACCUGCAUAGACGUCGCACGGGAACAGCCUUCAGAGGACACCAAGCUCAAGGUCAUGCUGGCUGUGGUCAGCGACUACGGCCAGUCACUGAGGCAGCUGUUGCUACAGAGUGACGACCUGUUUGAGGUGCAUGUGGUGGGGCGGGCAUUGGAGGCACAGGGCUUGCUUGAGGCUAAGGAGCAGCUUGCUGUCACAGUGGUGGUGGCCAUACACCGCACACUGCCUGAUCUACUAACGCUGCCCCCCAGACGGUGGGUGGAGCUGGUCAACCAGGCAGAGUCCUCCCCAGUGAAGAUCAUGGCCCCCAUCACGGUGGGUCAGGUGUCAAGCUGGUCAACACUUGCUAUGAUGCUUGUGCUCUGUGACCUGUUUUCCUACAGUGGGGAGGUGGAUAUGCUAGGGCCAGUGGAGGGCAGUGCAGCUUGGCAGUACCUCCUACUCCAACUUGACCUGCGAAACCUUCAGCGCUGGCUGGAUCAUGAAUUUAUGUGCCCCAGGGACGAUGAUGCCAAGGGAGGGAAUGGUAAUGAGGCACCCAUGGAGGAGUCUGCCUGGCUUGACCCAGCUUACAGGGCACCACCGAGGUCCAAGGUAGAGGGUGGCUGUGGUGGUGGUGGUGAAAGGCUUGGCACUGCCUCAGAGCCCCACUGCUUUUCCUUCAACUUGCUGAGUGAGCCACUGUAUGCCAGCGAUGUGGAGUCAUCAACACGCUCCCACGACUCGUUGGACUCUGUGUCAGUAGCACCCAGUGAGUGUGACACGUUGAGUGUGCAGAGCUUUGAGAUGCGUGACUGCCGGGAGGCCCUUUGGCCCCUUGACCAACUGUGGCCCAUCACACAGGCCAUGGUGGAUCAGCUGGGUGGUGGCAGCCCUUUCAUUGAGCUGCUGUUGAACCUGCUGGCGAAACGUGGCAUUUUCACCACCAAGGAACGGCAGUCACCAGAGGAGCUAGUGCGGCGCCUGCUGGUGUCUGGGACCAUGGGGUCUUUACAGCGGUUGAAGGGACAGCACCCCUGCCAGAUCCCCGGCAGGGAGAUCCAUCAGGUUGUCCUGGAGCACCUUAUUUCUCAGGACCUCCCUCUCCCUACCUAUGACCACGUGGGAGCAGCAACAGGGGCAGUGGCAAAGGGGCCUGCUUGGCCCAUGGCAGUGCAGCCCUUUCAGAGGCUGGUGGAGACUAAGGACAGGCCAGCCAUAUUCAAUGCCUGCCUCACCAGCCUGCAGGUGUUGGUUGAGCACUGUCACAGCCCCCAGGAGUUAGUGUUCCCAGCCUUUCUGACCAUGCUUUACGCCCCCAACAACACCCUGAGGGACAUCUUUGCCUUAGAGAGUGGCAGGAGGGCCUCAGGACAGCAGGAGGUACCUGGCCAGAAGGGAGAGGCUGACAUGGAACUGGAGCAGCUGUGUGGUUUUCUCUCCUGCCACUCCCUUACUCCACAACAGGUGAUGGAGGGCCUGCUGGAAAUCUUUCCAUACCUGCAGAAGGUUUUCCCCACUCACCAGAAUGACUCAACCCUAGAUGUGACUGUGUAUGACCUCCUCUCUGACACUGUGCCCUUCGACCUUACCAGGCUCUUCACCUUCCAGCGGCACAACAGACAUGGAUAUGAUGCGAAGACAAAGCUGCCAUGCUGGAGCGAUGAAGAAAUGGUGAGUCAUCAUGGCAUUCACCACAGCCUGGACGCCACCUAUUACUUGAGAGAGGGCCGUCCCAUCUACGCCUGUGCCUCUCUGCUCGCUGCUGCCCUUGCCUCCCCCUCACACUCUUCCACAUAUUCCACCAGGUCCAGACUCGAGGAUUUCCAUUCUCAAGUGUUUGGCCUGGCUUUAAACAACUGGACAGACCGCUCUGUGUGCUCAGCAUGUGUAGCUGUGAUGCUGAUGGCUGGCCUGGAUGUAGACAUGCUGCGGGUGGUACUCAGAACCGCCUACCAGAUUUACUGGGUGCGCACAUGGUGGUGUGGGAAGCUGAGCCACGACAAGAAAAGAGGACAUGAGAGCUUGGUAGAGUCAGAUGUCAGCUGCAUCCUGCGGCAACUGUGUACCAUGAACUCAAGAGCCGAGGCAGCUACUGCCCUCAUGGAGAUGCUGGAAGCCUGCCUCAUCAUCUCGGCAUCCAACAGCCUUCCGAGUGGCAAAGAAGUGCAGGCCCUUGGGGACCUGCUGGCUUCAGGUCUGCCCUUAAGCUAUGUGGUGGAGGCCCUGGGCAAGGCCUUCUAUACCCCUGUCUCCCAGCAGCAGAUGCAGGUGAUGUGUGAUGGUAUGAGACUAUGUGUGGAGCUGGCCUUCCUCUACAAGCUGCCCUGGCCACUCAGACUUCUUACCAAACUGGCUGAAGCCAAUCAGUGGCUGUCAUUCCUUGUGGUGGUGCAGGCAUUCAAUUUUCCCAAAGCCGAGGUGCUAAAAGUUGUUGAAUCAUUCAGCAGUGCGGCCCUGCGGGAGCACAUGGCUCUCGCCCUCACCCACAUUUGUUACUACUGGGAGGGGAUGGAAAGGUCCAGGAGGUCAGUGCGAAGCAAGAGAUCAGCAUUGUAUGCCAAGAUUGGCAUCAACUCCCGUGAGGGUUCUCCUUCCCCAGGUCACAGUGGGGAUGAGAGGGGCCGUAGCUCUAGCCCCAGUGACGUGGAUGUUUCUGUUGUAGAUGACGCACUCUCCUGCACCACCUCAGAGACCACCCAGGAGCUGGGGAUUGAUGUCUGGCUUGUCUGUCGCCCUGGUGACCUGUUUUCAGUGAUGCUGACCUGCCACCAGCAGGACAAUGCAGCUUCUGAGCUGGUCACCGCUGCUGCCAGCCUCAACCUUCCUGUGCUGGCUGUGUUUGCUGCUUGCUACGAUAAGCACAUCCCUGGCCUCUGUCUCUCAGUGUGGCUGUACACUCAGCUUCCACAUGAGGCUAAGCUUGCACUGCACCAAAAACUGACCAGCAAGAAGACACAUAACCCAAAUACUGUUACUGCCACCAAGGGAGAGAUGGACCUAGUGCCCCUCCCCACGAGGAAUUGUUGCCGUGCCUGUGACAUAAGUGUACUCAGUACAGGGCUAAGGGAACAGCGUCUCAUUAUUUUGGCCCAUGUAGCUGCUGGUUCACCAGAGGUGGUGAGUGAGGGGCUGAAGGUAUUUGACCAGCACUCCUCACUGUACUACCUGUUGCUCGCCAUCCAGGAGGCCAAGACGACCUGUCGGCAGGAGCUCAUCACACAGCUGCUGGGUGACAGUGCUUCAGCCAUGCACAGUGAGCCAGAAGUAGACCAACCAUCAGCAAGUGUGGGGAGCCAGUGGCUGGCCGCCAUUGUGCAGGACAUCAUUGGUACAGCGCUGGACGAGUAUGUUACUGAUGGCCACCAACAGUGUCAGCUUCUCUUGGCACUCACCACCGUGGGCCAGCUGCCACCCUUUUGCACCCAUUCAGUCAACUGGGGUCUGGCAAAGCAAGUGUGUAAGGUGGUGGGCCAGGCAAGGCACAAGAUCAAUUACAGAAAGUUGUUAUGGAGCUUUGAGACUGGGGAAGUGAAGGAUGUUGUGUGGAAGGUCGCCGAGGACCUGAGGGAUAGGCGAUGUUUCUCCGAGGCCCUGCAGGUGUGCCAGCUGGUGGAUCUACCUGUGUUCACCAUCGUGUGUGGCCAGCUGAGAGCAGAAUUUGAGAACAGCAAGCAAAGCAUCAAGGGCAGCUACUGUGGCCUGGAGAAAUUCCUGCUUUGGGGCCAUGAGCUGUUGUGCGAGAAGACUGUACCACCAGAAUAUGGCUGUGCCUUCUUUGCCACCAUCUGUGAGGAAGUACCACUCAGUGCCAUGCAGUAUUUGUGUCUGCAGUAUUCCCUGGUCUGGCACUACAAGACCUUGGAAAAUACAGCUCCUCAUGACUUGAAAAAACAACACACUAAUGCCCAAAGUUCACCACCUCAGGGCCCCUACAAAUUCUGCUCUCAAAAUCCACACUCACAUGUUUCCCACUCACCACACCUUCAUAGUUUAUAUGGUUCACCCUCACAUGGUCCCUACCCACCAUACCCUCAUAACCCAAACUUACCACUCCCACACAGCUCCCAUUCGUCACCCCAUGCUCCACGCUCACCACCCUCACAUGCCUCCUGCUCCUCACCCUCACACCCCAAGCAGCCAUCACCUCUCCAGAUUGCCAAGACCCAGCCUGGAGUUCCACACAAGUCCAUUAUCACCAAGUUGGAACAGAGGAUGUGGGAAGCAUACAUACACUCUUUUUGUGACAGAGAGAUAGAAGCAGCCAGUCUCUUGGUGACCCUGCCUGAGGUGCUGGGCAGCUGGCCAUGGGAGGAGGAGAACGGAAACAGCUGUCUGGAUGUGAGUCAGGUGUUGAGUAAAGCUGGCCUGACUCAUGCCUUCCUUACCUUGAGUCCAAAUGAAGUGGGUGGUGCAUCCUUGCCAGGUUCCAAGGAAAAUAGGGGUGCUUGGAGAAGCUUCAGCAACAUUACUAACAGAGAGGAAACAACCUCCAGCAGGCAGUCCAGGGACCAAGGAUCAUCCACCCAGACAACUACUUCAGAUGAGAAAGGAGGUGGUGGCAGAAAGGAACAUAGUGAGGAGGAGGAAGAGGACAGACAACUGGUGAUCCAAGAACUCGUGGACACUCUUGUGGAACGGGGAUUGCUAGUCACUGCCUGUCGGGUUCUGUCUGCCUUCAGAGAGAACAAUGAGAACGUUCAACGCUUGUUGUUGGUGCUACGGCUGGCUGAAGAAGGCAAGGCAGGCACCCCCGAGAGAGAGGCCGGCCACACCCCAUCCUCCUCACACUGGAGAGAAAAGCAGAGCACACUCAGUCGCAGCAGCACUUUGGGCAGCUUCUGCAGCACUUCAUCCCUGGAGGAAGACCUCAGCAUUCACAUCACACCACUGACCCAGGUGGUGGCUGGCUUGGCCGUGGGCCGGAGGAUUGCUGAACGUGUCAUUGUGUUGUACAAGGUGGCCCUAGCUCUUGACCUCUCGUACUUGUAUGUGGUGCAUCAUUCCAACCCCAUCACACUGCUCUCACUGGUGUUGCGGCUCCAUCGGUGUGGCACUACACAGCUGGCCCGGGACCUGAUCAAUGUUUUACCCAUACCCCAGGCUGGUGUGCAGGCCUUCCUAGUGGAGGAGGCUGUGGCCACCAUCACUGCCGGCCCUGAAGCAACACGUAGCAGCCAGAGGGACAGUUUGCUGCUGUGGGAAGAGCUGGAGGCACAAUGGAAGGACCUCAUCACCCUGAGCAGUGACCCCUCUGGUCUGGCCACUCAGCUACUGGAUGUGGGGCAGUGCCUGGGCUCUUCUUACCCUGACCAGGUGGAGAAAGUUCACAGUAUGAGUGUGGAACUGGUGGUUCGUGCCCAUGACUGCUUUACGGCGGCAUCUAACAUGGAAGGCAUUGGUUCUGUCCUCCGCACGGCCCUCUCCCUCACCACCUCCCUUGUCCAGCAUGCCCAAUGGUCACUCUUGGUCAGACUUCUCAUUGGCAUCGGACGGUACAGUGAGAUGUCUUAUAUAAUCGACAUAUUGAGGGAACAUGGCCAGUUUGAGCCCCUCCUUGGCCGAGGCUCUGACCCUUCAGGGAAAGAGACUGGCUUAGAUCGUGCUCUCAUCCACUACCUCCGCUCCAAGGCCCCAGAGGACACAGAAACACUGCAUAUUGUGGCCUUACAUUUCCUUCUCUACUCUGAGGUUGCUGAGAUGUGGGUUGCUGAAGCAGAGAAAGCCAUUAACGAAGCGCUGGGUGUGAUCACAGACCUCACGGCAUCCCAGACCACAACCACUUGUACUGCCACCACCACCACCACCUCCUCCUCCACCCUUUCCACUAGCAUGACAUCACCUCGAGGCAGCAGCAGCAACAGCAGCAGAGGCACAGGGAGUCAGCAGGAGACCCCCAGCAAGGGCAGAUCACCUCAGGUCAAAGGUGAAAAUCUGACCAACACUAGUAUGUUGAGGGGUCAGCUGGAAUCACUAUACCUGGAACAAGUUGACCACAAGUUGCUGACCCAGGCCAUGCAGAGCUUUGCCCACGCUGCCCAGUGCUUCAUGCAGGACCAGCAGUUUGCCUCGGCCAUGGACAACAGUCGCCAAGCGGAGUUAGUGGCUCUGCAGCUAGCCCAUGCCAGGAGGGCCACCCCUGCGCUCAGGCUUCUCAAGCUAUCCAGGACUGGGGUUUCCUUCCUCACCACACACAAACUGAGGGUUGGGGAGGCUCAGCUGGUGGGCCGAGCCUAUGCCUAUGCAGUGGACUGGGGUGCAGCGCUCUAUUACCAGUUUGUGCAUGGUGGAGACGAGACUUACCUGGUGGAGUACCUGGCUACCUUCACACUCACACCGGAGGUCAUGCUUAAUGUUGUCAAAAAACUGGAGCAUGAAGGCAUCACCAGAGAGAAGCUCACAAGGGUGGCUGCUUUGCUGGCACACGUGGAGGAGUCAGACACUGUGUACCGCGUGGCCAGUCAGCUUGGCCUUAAGGGUAGCAUUGACGCCUGCCUCGCCUCCCCUGCUGCGCCCUAUCUCAAGGACACUGUCUUUGUACAGGGGUGCACAGCGGCCCUGUAGAGAUGUGGUAUGGUAUGGUGUGCAAUGUGGCAUUUUUAUGUUGAUGCCUUUAAUCUUUCAUUUUUAAUUUGUGCCUUGUAUUUUGUCUGUAGUCUCAUUUAUUAUACAUUUCAUAUUUUUAUCACUUUUAUGUGUUGUAAGGCAUUGCAUUCUUUUUAGGGGGUUCAUGUCUUUUGUCUGUGAGUAUAUAUGUUAUCCAAUUUAAUGUCAUCUUUUACAUUUUUUUGAUAUUCAUGACUGACUUUUAAAUGUGAGGAAAAAGGUUGUCCUAUUAAAUUGUUGAUAUAUAUAUAUAUAUAUAUAUAUAUAUAUAUAUAUAUAUAUAUAUAUAUAUAGCUAUAUAUAGAUAUAUAUAUAUAUAUAUAUAUAUAUAUAUAUAUAUAUAUAUAUAUAUAUAUAUAUAUAUAUAUAUAUUUGUUGUUUUCUUUUUAUUGUUGUUAUUCAAAGGGAUUGUUGGAGUUUACGUAUGAAUUUUUCUGUUUAUCAUUGAUGCUGCUUUUUUAGGAGAGAGAGAGAGAGAGAGAGAGAGAGAGAGAGAGAGAGAGAGAGAGAGAGAGAGAGAGAGAGAGAGAGAGAGAGAGAGAAAACUUUGUGGAGAGGGAAGAAUAUAGAUCUUGGUGUGUGUGGAUGGAUUUUACUGUUGACAAAUUUUUCUGAAUAAAUUAGAAUAUAAUUGCUCAAUUCAUAUUUAAGAACAGGGAUUUUCCUUCCCUUAACCCUAGAUUACUAUCUAGGGCCUUUAUAGGCCCUUCCUGUCCUUGUGGUCUUGCCUGAGUUGCAGCCCUUGACUUCAGCCAUACUGCCCAAGAUUGAGGUAUUGUUUUGAUUGAAUUUUGCAAGAGAAAUUCUUACAUUUUAUUCUGUAAUAAUGUCAUGUUAUACAUCACAUGUUCACAAAACACCGGCAGACAGAACAGCACUGCUGCACUGGCUGUUUCAUGGCAUGGAAGAGGAGCAAAGCUGAACAACUGUGACAAUAAUGAUUUUUUUUGCACUUUGAAGUUAGAUGAUAGUUCAUAUUUAUA